CUCUUCGAACAUGAUUGGUCAAAGGAUUCGGAGGACUUUGUUAUUCAAAUUUGGGUGCUAAACUCAGUGUCGUUUUCUCGGCUAAGUAAUGAAUUAAUAACGCGCAAAACGAACUCAACGCACGUUCGAGAUUGCCCCGUAUUGCUCAAUUUUCACGAAGGGUUUUCCGGUUUUUUUCCCCGAGGCAAUUUAUGGCACCGUUGUGGGUAAUUUUAUGUCCUUAUUGGCAAGUAUAGUUGUUUAUAUUCUUAGUAGCCGUGUAACUAUCAAGUCUGUCUGCCUGAUCAGUUGGACCGCUUGUUCGGACAAAGCCUUGUGACAGGUAAUGUUGAAAGUGUGAAAUCGCUUCCCUAUUGUAAACAUGGCCGAAGAACAACUCCAGAGGGCUGAGUCGAACCUCAAGCCGAGCGAGCUGAAGGCUGCAUUCAAGCGAAGCAGGGACAUCGACGCACUGUUGGACGAGGAAAGAGAAUUAAAAGAAAAAGAAGUUCAGAUACUUAUUUUAGGUAAGCAUAGCAUUAGGAUCUAGUAAAUUCCGCUGUUACUAUAGUCGGCUCGUUAACGGGUGUAUAUUCGGUCAUCUGUUCCUUAAUAUUGUUGCCCUAUUACCACGGAAUGUAGCCAACUUUCACAAGCUCCCAGAUAUAAAAUUCAUGGAGGGGCAAAGUGUCCUAGUUUGCCUCGUGAAGCAUCUACCCUAGUCAUAUUAUGAUCGGCAAAACCUCUUUGAGAAUUGUUCCAUACCUACUUUUUCAAAGAAAGCCGUUCUUAAGUAAACAGCGACAAAACAAUUUACAGCUAUUGAAAAUCAAAAUUCACCUCCGAUAUAACGCAUUAAAUAUAUAUAAGCUUAACUGAUUUUAAAGGGCACGUCGGUGAAUUGUUUUUUCUUUUCUUAUUUGGUGAACUACAGAUAUGUAGAACUUAUUCUUAUUAAGACUCAUUCGCGAAAAAAUCUAAUCCCCUUAAGAUAAUGAAAGACAGUAUGAAAGUGGAAAAAUGUUUUAACUAGACAACUUGCUGACAAACACUUAACAUUUGCAUAUUGUAUACUUUCGAAAAUAGUUCUAAUUUUACCAGGAACAUAAAAUCAGAGGCUUUCGCUUUUUGGCGGUACAAAUUUUACAAAAUACCCAAAAUGGUUAUUCAGCUAAUAUUUUUCGCAUCGGUGAUUAUUAAUAAUUAAUAGCGUUCAGAAACCAGAAGAAAGUUGGGAAAAUGACAUCCAAUUAUGAUUUCAAAUUAAAACGGAAUAAAUUUAAAUUUAUAGAUUGGCAAAUGAUGAAAUAUAGUAACUCUACAAGUGCAAGCUAUUAAUAUCUGUUGAGCAUUAAUAUAUUGAUGAAUCAGGUAUAUUGUAGUGACCCAUUAUUCAAAGUGUUUUUUUUCGCUUCAUUGUCAAAAACACAUAGAAAUCAGAAUCUAAUCAAAAAAACAAAAACAAAAUCAAUACAACAACCACAAAACUUACUUAAAAAGUCUUGGAUUUUUGUUUUUUUUCAUGGAAGAGUGUUGAAGUGACUUCCCAAGAUGCCAAACAAAUGUUCAGUUAAUUUUGAAAAUAAGUUCCGUUUUACAAUGUUUUGUAGUUCCUUACGUUCCUCUUACAUGUAAAGUUUAGCGAGAAAACAUGAGAAAAAGUUGCUGCAUAGGAUUUCUUUAUGAAUUUGUUUGUUUUGACUAAAAUUGACAUAUUUGUGGUCGGUUUUUAAUGGAAAAAAUUAGCAACGACGACGGCGACCAGCUGGCGACUGCGAUGGCAAAGCCCAGAGCGCCUAAAAAGAAAUCGGACACGGCAUGUACCCUACAACGAAUUAAAUUUUUCACUCUUUCUCAACUUGGCCGGGGGUGGGGUCACCAAAAAUUCAACACAGGAAAAUUCACCUGCAUUUGAGAUUUAAGUGAGUGAGUAUAGUUUUGAUAAAGUUUUUGAAAAGAAGGCGAAUCUGAAUUGAGUUUUUAACCCUGAACGUUCAACAUCAAUGCGGUUGCCGUUUCCGAAGUCGUUGCUGAUCCCAUACAGUAAAAACCCGCGUAUAAGAAGAUAAGCUUUUCCAAGCUAGCCUAGGAAGGUUCUUAUAAAAAUGGUUCUAACUGGAAAAUUAGGCUACUCAGGUUCUUAAACAGGUUUUUAUUUUUAAAAAUAAAUAAGGUGUUUGUCAUUGGUGGGUGUGGCCUAUUUUGGGCCUAUUUUUGUUAUUGCAUGCAUAAAAUGUUACAAAAAUCCCUUUAAUCCAAGCCUGUUAAGGCCAUUUAUGAAGUUUAUUCAAAGUUAUGCAAGUUAAACAGAACAAAACAACCGGUUAAAAUAUGGUACUGUGUUGCCACUGGGCCAAACAUGGUACUGUCAUAGAGUCAGGUUGCUCACUUACUUUACACUUGUGUUCUGUUGCCACAUAUUGGUAUUGGUAUUGUAAUUAAAAGAGACAAUUAUUACGCGGGUGGUUCUAUCUUCAUUUACUCGACUAUUAAUUUUUUUUUUUCAGUGUUUGACUUAAUUUCUCAAAAUAAGAACCUGUUUCAAAAUUGUAGGCUAAAACUGGUUCUUAUGUAAAAGGGUUCUAAAUGGACAAUCUUAACCUAACAGUAGAUGAUAGAGUAAGGUUUUUCACCUCUGGGGCCGCACCUGAAUCUUAGCUUACACGUACCACUUCUAGACUUCCCUAUAAAUCAUGGCAAUUCCAGACGGUCUCAAAGAGUCCCUCAGCUUCUAGAAAGAAAACUACAGCACUUAAAGCUCUGAGCUACCAUUGUAGUACUUUUAGCAUUCAUCGCGGCCGAUCGAGAUCACAUAUUAGGCUGUUAAAAAAGACGCUAAAAUAAUCUCAGGGGAUCUUUAUAAGUAGAUCUUGCCAGUUUCGCUUCACGAGGGUUGCAAGCUUAGUUAUAAGGCCCUCGACACUUUCCGGACCGGGCUGGUGUGAUUGUCUUUUUAUGCAACAUCCUUUUUUUGUCCUUUUUUGUUUGAAAACGGAGAUUUUUCUCUCUGUGUUUGACCUAUGGUCCACACGUAUCUGGUGAAACCUUUUUAUUUGGCUAUGAGAAAGGCGACUGUCACCAAAAACACAGGCUUUUCAAAAUCGCCUUCCAGAGUGGAGAUUUUAUUAAAACGCCGGCUUAUCGUUUACGUGUGGGCUGACGGAAACAAAUACCACAAUGUUACCACAAUGUCAUACAUCAUACAGCGCAUGCUCUGUAAGGCAUGCAAUCGUAUAGCUUCGAACAGCUUAAGCGAACAGCGUUUUGUGUGUACUGGCGAAAACGAUUCGCCAAAUAUGCGUAGACGCGUAUUUUUUUUUUUUUUUAUUUUAAAAACGGAGAAAAAAAUCUCCGUACAUCUGGAUGAGGCCUUAAUUUCCCACUGCUAAUUUUCAGGUCCGGGUUGCUCUGGAAAGACAACCUUUCUCAAACAACUGCGCAUCGUCUAUGACAAUGGUUACACGGAGGAGGAGAGAAAAGCAUUCAAACCAAUAAUUUAUAAGAACAUCAGCUCAGCAAUCGCUAAAAUCGUCAAAGGGAUGGAUGAAAUCGGGUUGACUUUUGAAAACAACGAUUUGAGAACCAAGGUGUGUAUUUUCUAUUCAUUACAAUCCCUAGUCAAAUCUCUUCCAACGACCCCCGGCCUAGCAGUCUAGAACGGCUACUUUUUAAACUCCCGACGGAGCUCUUACACAUUUUCCAUGUUAUGACUUCAAGGGCGGAGUAUCCUUCCAGCAGAUGUUCACUUAGCCUAGCCUCUCGGCCCAAGACUCUCUCCAAGCGAAAAUAAGAAGCGCGUGAUCUGGGGAUGAGGGCCUCGGCCUCCGAACGUUUUGUGAAUCAUGCGUUCAGGCGCCUUAAGCGCCCGUGCCAUUUUUGUGCGCCAUAACUCCCCUUCCUCCUUCCUUAUCAUACAAAUGAGCAGGCUAAGAAUUGUGCGGUACUAGUUUAUCGAAGUCAAUAUAUAUGCGUUAUUGACCAAGCGUGAGGCCAAGAUGCCUGGAUAUUGUCCAAGUUCCUUUUUGCGUUUUCAUGGACCGAGGCAAAGUCACAAAAACGAACGAGGCCAAUACCCAGCUAUCUUGACCUAACAAAGUUGGUCAAUAAAGAAUUUAUUAUAUGAUUGGCCAAAGAGAGAACUUUUUCUUGCGGGACCAACGUGGGAAAUCCCGAGCGGAUCCGCUCGGGUAACCAAUCAGAACACAGGAUUCGCUUUAUCUUGCCCGCUCUUGGAAUCAGCCGCACAAUGGAUUAAGAAUAACUUCCAUUUUUUUUAACAUUCAUGUAGAAUUUUACGGAGGAAUCAUUAGAAAACUCCAGCUCAGAGGAUAAUGAGAACAACAACUUUUCGCUUCAAGACAGAGUUCCACUGUUGACAGAAUUCUGGAAUGAUCCCUCUGUGCAAACCUGCUAUGAUCAGAGAAAUCUAUUUUACAUCGAAGAUUCCGCUAAAUAGUAAGUAAAUUCAUCAGUGACGGAAAUACUUCAUAUGUAGCUUUAUUGUAGUCUAUCUGACUUCAAUUUGAACUUUUAUGACUUCAAAGUUAAGCUUUCUCCUCUAAUGGUUUGUUCUAAAACACAUGCAUAAAAUGGCUGCUACUCCCUCUCCCGUCAAAUCAUUUGCUAAAAUAAACUUACCCUGUCUUCCUCGCUGUGAUUUUGUAUGGCCCUGGUCCGAGUUUUCAGGCUCUCCGACUAGUUUGAUUGUGAAAACAAUUCAGUGCAAAAGGAACGACAAUAUAAGCCUUUGGCAGAAAGUAGGGAACAUUAAUUUGUAACGGAGAACAUGAAUUUUUGACAAAACUACAGUAAGAGAAUAGGACACUUCACCCUCCCUCGCAGUUGCAUGGAAAAACAUUUUAAGAAAUUUAAAAGGUUGCCGGUCUCAGUUUCUUAUGAUUGUUUGUUUGCGUCUUGUUGAAAGAAGGCGAUUUUUUUAACAGUCUCGACCUGGCUUGGUAACAUAUUACACCCAACUCAUCAGCUUUUUCCUUUUACAUUACAUCAAAAAUGAGCCCCCGAUGUUUUUUGUUUGUUUGUUUGUUUGUAUUUUCGAGCAAGGUUCUGUAGUAUUUAGGCUGUGUUUCUCUAAAAAUAAAAACCCAAAUAGAGAUUCAAGCUAGGGUAACGAUAAAAACUGGUUAAGAAUAUCUUUACUCCUAAGUUACGAAGCAUCCGAAUUCACUGAAAUUUUUUAUAGCAGCCGUAUCAUGGAGACAAAAGGCUUUUUGCGCUCCCGCCGAAAGUUGUUGUGCUUUUGCUUGGAAGAAUGUUUUAUGACGAAUCUGUCCCAAAGAACUGCUAAUGAACGCGACUCCAGAGUAACUGGAUUCAGAUUGAACCCGCUGAAUUUUAAUCGAAAGAAUUCCGAAACUAUUUCUGGAUUCAUACGAAGUAACACAGAAUCAGUUUUAGGUUCAUGUACAUGUAUGCAGAUCCGGAUUUUUUCCAGUGAAACACAACCUUGUUGCCAAACUGUAGGUCGCACGCGCAAGUUUUCGGAGCUUAAUGCUGCCUCAUGUUUUAUUUGUUGUCAGCUUUUUUGAAAAUCUUGAGCGGUUGUCUCAACCGGACUACAUCCCAACACACGAAGAUAUUCUUCAUGCCAGACAGUCAACACAAGGAGUAGAGGAAAAAAAAAUAUCAGUAAACAACUUCCAAUACAGGUAUCUAUACAGUACCUAUACAUAUUUUACAAGAGAUUACGAGCGUGAUAAGUUUAAAUGCUGGAUAGAAAGUUAUUGGUUGUUCAAUUUUCUGAUAAAGGCUCAUUAAUUCAUCCUAGUUAUACUGGUAUUAAUUCAUUCAAAGCGUAAAUUUAGACUUCGAUUCGUAUCUCGUACAAACCCUGCAGUCUCAACGCAAAUUGUGGAAGGUACCAUUUGAAUAAAUGAACUUGCUGAAAACUCGAAUCCCGAUCGAGGAUGGGAAAGGUCAAUCAUUCGUUUUGGGAAAAACAAAGUGAACUAGUCAACAGACGCGGAAAGCUUUUUUGAUAAGUUAAAAAACCGUAAAUAUAUCAGCGUUAUAGAUUCACUGAAGACAUUCCUCAAGUGAGGUGCAGUCGUUGCGACUUUGUUCCUCAAUUGGGCUUCUUUUCCGUUUACAGAGUAAUAGACGUCGGAGGACAAAAAAGUCAACGCAAAAAGUGGAUUCAUUUUUUUGAAGGUGUUACAGCAGUUGUGUUUUUUGCGUCGUUAAGCAGCUACGAUGAGUUCGUGGAAGAAGACGAAAACACAGUAAGUCAGUGUUAGAAGAGCCGGUGGAGCUAACUGUUUAAGCUUUCUGAGUGAGGAAACUUGGCUAGAAAAAAGUUUCACAUCCCUAGACUCGUUUCAGCUCCUAAGUAUUUGUUAUUGUUAAAUCGAUAAAAGCUUACAGGAAAGAACAAGGUCGCGGGGGCAGAAUAGAAUUUUGAAUAGAAUAGAAUAAAUGGGACUUAGUUCGAGUCAGCGGGUGGUUCGAGUCACAUGAACUCGAGUUAUCGGGGUUCUACUGUAUAAAGGUACUGUCAGCAGCCCAGCUGGAACCGGCCUCAUUGACAAGCUAAUCUCAAUCUGGGGGUUUGUGCCGCGGUGAUGACGAAAGAAAGACCCUUGGGAACGAGGCUGCCAAGGUCGUUGGGUGCUUACUAUUAACUAAAAAUAUUACGCCUCUAGAGGGCUAAUGGUAAGGUCAUUUCUUGGAAAUUCCAACCGAAAAUUUAGAAUUGCGCAUGCGUUUUGAGGUAAUCCUUUUAUUCCGGUUGGUAUGAAUCAAACGGAACGUCAGUUACCAUUCACUUUUUCCUUUGUUCCAUUCCCGCGCGAUACUUAGUUGCGUCUUUUUAGAUCCACAAGCGUAACAGAAAAGGUAAAUCGAUGAUGAGCUAAUAAAUCGUUUUCUAUCAAGCAACAAGGUAACCCAACUAAUUUUUUUCGGUCAAAUAGUAUUAACUUCUACUACGUCAUCAUGACGCGUUAAAUAGAGAACCCUGGGAACGAAUUGCGGUACUUCGUCAACCAAGCUCCCGGUGUUUCGACUCCUACCUCACGACCUAUCACGACUAAACUGGUAGCCUGUUCCAGGCUCUGAGAUCGUCGGGUCCGCUGAAUCGAGAAAGCGCAAACACGAAACUAAAACGGGAGGAAACCCCGCCAACUUUACGCCUGCCUUUUUCUUUCGCGUCUUCCCCACUAUCUGAGAGCCUGGAACAGAGGCUACUAAACUGGUGACGAAAAAGCCGGGAGCCUUGGGGGCACUUCAGGUCCUUGCUUUUUUCGAAAUACCACAAUCGUAACAUCUUUUCACUGAGCUCAUUCCGUUUAUUUCCAUCAUGUUUCUCUACUAAACACCAUUUUCUGUAUUUUUCAGAACGCCAUGCUGGAUAGCUUAGAAUUAUUCGAAGAAAUCAGCCAAAAUGAGUUCCUUGAAAACACAGAGUUCAUUCUUUUUCUCAAUAAGCACGAUCUAUUUGUGGAAAAAUUGAAAACAUCGAAGCUUUCCUCGUGUUUUCCUGAUUACGAAGGUAAGCGAAAAUCCGGGGUUUUUUUGUUCUUAAAGUGGUAAAAUCAUGUUUUUGGUCAAACAUUUUAUAUCAACUCUGCAUUUGUUUUCUGCGCGUUUAAACGUGCGCAGACACCAAACAUCGCCGAUACUCAUGCAGAGGAUCGAUACCAAUACGGAUGUAAUCGAUAUCACAGUAUUUGAACUUGAAUAAGCCUGGUUUUUACCAGCGGCGCAGGCACAAAGCAAACAGACGCGUAAGCACAACGGUGUCUUAAGACGAGUGAAAACGAACGCUAAAACAUAUGCAAGAAAAAGAGGUAGAAAUGCAAAUUUAAAAUCACCAAUUUCCUUUUUUAUUAGCCUACAGAACAGGUGUUAUUUUUGCGCGUUUUUCAGACAAGCGAAGACAGCAAUGGCAAGUUGGCGGCAGUCUUAGAACUCCAUUGCCAACCGGGGAAAAGGUCCUGGCGACGAGGCUGGAUUGACUGGAUCGCAAGACCAUAGUUAUUAGAGGAGACAGGUUAUGAAAAGCGGCAAACAUCAAUGAUAAAAACAACAGUGCUGCAGUUUAUGUUGGAAGCACCCUGAAAGAGCACAAUCCUUUGUUUUCUGUUGGCAAAUUGUUACGGAAUAAAUUAAUGCAACGUUUUUAUUGGUCAAUACAAUCAAAAUGAUAGGAAUUCUUUUGAACGUUGUGCACUUUCGGGUCCACAAAAACAUAUAACAAAGGAGUCUGACGGGUUUCAUAACCAUUCCACUCAAUUAACUAUGGCAAGACAGACAAAAGAUAAAAGAUUUUCUCCUGCGUCUUUCCACGUAGCCCGCACGCCGUGCGCCUGUCUCUCGCUUGCCUUCUCUCGCCUGAAUAACGCGAAAAAAGGCCUGUUUCUACAGGCUCUAUUUUUUAUGGACAACACUGACGCUAUCUUAAUUCAAGUAAAAGUCCUAAGGGGGUGGUUCCUUUUAAGGUUGACGGUUAAUCUUUUUUCCAAUUUUGAUGGUUGACAGUUUUAUUUGAGGGCUUUUGACAGUUGACGGUUAUUAAGUGGACAUUUAGUCCAACAGUUUAAAUAAAUAUCAACUUCUGCAGAAAUUAAUGUUAAUAUUAAUUUUUUUUUUUUUACGGUUGAUGGUAAAAAAUUUCCUAUUUUUACGGUUGACGGUUAAAAUUUAGGCCGUUUGACGGCUGACGAUUAACUCCAUAGAGACCCUCAAUUAACGGUACAUUCUUCGUUUCAGGUGGUCCUGACCCGGAGAUAGCUCUCGCCUACGUUCAGGAUUUAUUCAUGAAAAGGAAACCCGAAAACAAAAAAGUUUAUUUACAUGUGACUUGCGCAACAGACACUGACCUCAUGAGAACAGUACUUAAGGAUGUGUUCGAGAUUCUGGUUGAUAUAAAUCUCAAGAAACUUGCCACUCUCUAGUUAAUGUUGCAAGUAGCUUGAAAAUCAUUUUUUAAUUUCAACUGAGCUAAUUUUUGCGUUUUUUCGGUAACAGUAUCGCGCAGUUUUUGCAGAUACUCUUGCAAACAAAAUGGACAAAAUGCAUUCUUUCGUCUAAAUGCUUGAGAAAAUCUUUCUGUUUUCUUUUAUCCGAGAUGUUUUCCAGUGCGCAUUCAUAACAAUUGAGGAAUUUGACGCGUUUGGGUAUGUUAUUUCUUAAUAUUGGGUCUAAAAUGCACUUUAUAAACGCGAUUGAUCAUGAUGUGGUAAAUUUCACCGGCUGAACUACGAUUUUCGUGUUUUAUCAGAUUCGCUGAGGCUAUAAAACGUGAUAAAGAUACUUAAUUUAAUCGUUAAUUGCAC